AUGGAACAGCAUUUAAAACAUAUGAAACAUCUUACUGAUAGACUUGCAGCAAUUGGUGCACCUAUCUCCAAAGAGGACCAGGUUGUAACUCUCUUGGGCAGUUUACUGAGAAAUUUUGCAUCAUUAGUAACAGCCCUGGAAGCUACAACCAGUAGCAAAACUGUUGAGACACUACCAGGAAAAAAACAACCUAGGUCUGUGAGAUAUAACACUGAUCUCCCUCCCAUUCAAAGUUGUUCUCCAAGUUUUGAGCAUGGUCUUGUACUGCUACCAACUUUGAUAAGGGGUGGAGGGGGGACCACAAGCACAAGAUCAUGGACAGGCCUUUUGGGCCAAAAUACCAUACAUUGUCUCAAGUACUUUUGCAACUGGUUGUCUCGUGGAUGACAUCACCAUAGAUUUUGUUCAACAAGCUCUCAGACAUGUGAAAAUGAAGCAAACUGUGACGUUCCAUAGUUUGAGCAAAGCGGAGUCAGUGUUAAGUGCAGUUACCAUGAGAAAUAAACCACCUGGCCCACCAACAUGUGUUGAGUGUGCUGAAGUAGGCCAUAUUUGCCAUUACUGUACUUCCAAGAAAUCUAAAGGGCAGAAAGCCAGGCUAGCAGAAGGUCAGGAUGUUAGG